AUGCCCACCAACGGCCUGCACCAGGUGCUGAAGAUCCAGUUUGGCCUCGUCAACGACGCUGACCGCUACCUGACGGCCGAGAGCUUCGGCUUCAAGGUCAACGCCUCGGCACCCAGCCUCAAGAGGAAGCAGACGUGGGUGCUGGAGCCCGACCCGGGGCAGGGCGCCGCCGUGCUGCUCCGCAGCCGCCACCUGGGCCGCUACCUGUCCGCGCAGGAGGACGGGCGCGUGGCCUGCGAGGCGGAGCGGCCGGGCCCUGACUGCCGCUUCCUGGUGCUGCCGCAGGCCGACGGGCGCUGGGCGCUGCAGUCCGAGCCGCACGGCCGCUUCUUCGGCGGCACCGAGGACCGGCUGUCCUGCUUCGCCACGGCCAUCUCCCCGGCCGAGCUGUGGACCGUCCACCUGGCCAUCCACCCGCAGGCGCACCUGUUGAGCGUGAGCCGCCGGCGUUACGUGCACCUGAGCCCGCAGGAGGACGAGAUGGCGGCCGACAGCGACACGCCCUGGGGCGUGGGCGCGCUCGUCACCCUCACCUUCCAGGAUGGGCAGUACUGCCUCCGGGCCUGUGACGGCCGCUACCUGCGCAGCGACGGCCGCCUCGUGGGGGGGCCCGAGCCCCACGCCCGCUACACGCUCGGGGUCAAGGCGGGCAAGCUGACCUUCAAGGACCGCGACGGCCGCUACCUGGCGCCCGGGGGGCCCGCCGGCACGCUCAGGGCGGGCCGCAGCACGCGGCCGGGCAAGGACGAGCUCUUCGACCUGGAGGAGAGUCACCCGCAGGUGGUCCUGGUGGCCGCCAACCACCGCUACGUGUCCGUGCGGCAAGGGGUCAACGUCUCAGCCAACCAAGACGAAGAACUGCAUCAUGAGACCUUCCUGAUGCAAAUUGACCAGGAGACAAAGAAGUGCACCUUCUAUUCCAGCACCAGGGGCUACUGGACCCUCGUCAACCAUGGGGGCAUCCAUGCCACAGCCACACAGGUUUCUGCCAACACCAUGUUUGAGGUGGAGUGGCGUGGCCGGCGUGUGGCCCUCAAGGCCAGUAACGGGCGCUAUGUGUGCAUGAAGAAGAAUGGACAGCUGGCAGCCACCAGCGACUUUGUGGGUGAGCAUUCCUCACCAAAGGCAGUGGGCAGGCAGCGGCCCCUCAGCCCCUACGCCCCGCCAGGUGAGGACGAGGAAUUCACUCUCAAGCUCAUCAAUCGGCCCAUCCUCGUGCUGCGGGGCCUGGACGGCUUCAUCUGCCACCGCCGUGGCUCCAACCAGCUGGACACCAACCGCUCCGUCUACGAGGUCUUCCAUCUGAGCUUCAGCGACGGCGCCUACCAAAUCCGAGGCCGCGGCGGCGGGUUCUGGAACACCGGCAGCCAUGGCAGCGUGUGCAGCGACGGCGAGCGCGCCGAAGACUUCCUCUUCGAGUUCCGCGAGCGCGGCCGCCUGGCCAUCCGCGCGGGGAGCGGCAAGUACCUGCGCGGAGGCGCCUCCGGGCUGCUGCGCGCGGACGCGGACACGCCGGCCGGGGUCGCGCUCUGGGAGUACUGA